AUGGCGCCACCUGUGUUUGAUGGAGAAAAUUAUCAAGCAUGUGCAGUGAAGAUGGCUGCUUACAUGGAAGGGUGCGAUUUAUGGGAAACGGUGGAGAAUGACUAUGAGGUGGCUCCACUUCCUGAGAACCCAACCAUGAAUCAGAUCAAAUACCAUAAAGAGAGGACAACCAGGAAGGCCAAGGCAAAGUCCUGUCUUUUUGCAACUGUCUCCCCAACAAUCUUCACAAGGAUAAUGAGGUAUGGAUCAGCUAAAGCUAUUUGGGAUUUUCUUAAGUCUGAGUAUGAAGGGGAUGAGAGGGUGAGAGGAAUGAAAGUGUUGAACCUCUUGAGAGAGUUUGAGAGGCAACAAAUGGAUGAUGCAGAAACUGUGAAGGAAUAUGCAAAGAGGCUAAUUGAGAUUGUUGAUAAGAUAAGGGUGCUUGGGACAGACAUAAAGGAUGAUAGAAUUGUGCAGAAAAUAUUGAUUUCUCUGCCUGAAAAAUUUGAGGCUACCAUAGCUUCUCUAGAGAACACAAAAGAUCUGUCAGAAAUAAAAUUGGCAGAAUUGCUCAGUGCAUUACAGGCACAAGAGCAAAGGAGGAUGAUAAGGAGAGGAGAGCCCAAAGAAGGGGCAUUGCAGGCCAAGUUGCAGCUGAAUGCUGUAGGCAAAGGGAAGAAAUGGAGUCAAAGAAAAGGAGACGGUGAAGGCUUCAAGUCAGUAGCAAGAUCAAAAGGCUCCAGUACUCAAGAUCAAAGCAAGAAGGGAAAGCAGACCACUUGCAAGCAUUGUGGGAAAACCAAUCAUCCCCACUACAGAUGCUGGAGAAGGCCAGAUGUAAAAUGUAGAAAAUGUCAUAAAAUGGGCCAUAUUGACAGGUUCUGCAAGGAGAAGAGCACACAGCAACAAAAUGAAGCUCAAGUAGCACAGGAAGAUGAGCACUUAUUUGUUGCAUCCUGCUAUGCCUCAAGUACUGCAGGUAGUGGUUAG